CUCACCAAAUUAAAUAAAGAAAGAAAUUAGGAAUAGCAGACUGCUUCAUCGAUUUAGAUAAUGUGCAAUUUAUUUGAGAAGAAUGAUAUUUAAUAGUAGUAUGAAAUCGGUCACCGAUCCUCAAUUGCCACGUUGCCAGUGCCGCAAUUAUAAAAAAAGUCAUCGAUCUUCAAUGGAAUUAUAAGUACACGAUACGAUCCAAUAUUAUGGAUACAAAAUUUUGAGUUCUAUUUCUUGAGUUGAAAAAUGGCCAAAAGACACGGCAGAGUUUAUUUAGGAUACGAAGAAGAAUUUAUAGCCGAAAAAAAUCAAACCUUAGUCAAUUACAGUGUCAACAAAAUUGGUGGUCAGCCUGAUUGGCCACCGUUGGAAAAUUUUCAAUAUUCUUUUAAAUGUCCGCUUUGUGGACUACAUCGGCUACUGGUUAUACAAUGCUAUGCUCCUUUGGAAAAUUCUGUUUACCACCGAACUUUAUAUGUUUUUGCCUGCAUCAAUCCCAAUUGCUGGAUCCAAUCAGAAAGCUGGUUAUGUUUACGUAUGCAAUAUGAAGAUAAAAAGACUAAAGAGGCAAGUGCAAUAGUUGCAAUACCAAAUCUAGAAACCAACUUAAGUUGGUGUAGUGGUGCAGACGAGUGGGAUGAAAAUGAUAAUGAUGACUCAGCUAACGGAAACCUGAUGAGUGUUGACAAUGACCCUAGCCCCAAUAAUGUUGUGCAAAGAAUUUCUGAUGAAGAUGAAGAGAGCAAUUCCUAUGAACUCGAAACUGUCGAACAAGCCCUUGGGAACCUCCAAAUGUUUGAUGCUCAUAAUGCAAAUAUGUCCCCAGUGCAAGGUGCAGUUGGUGCAAUAUCUGCUCCUAUCGCAGCAGCCGAAUUAGAAGGUGGAGAUGAAUCAGGCUUAGUCACUGUUGAUACACCAACUAUGCCUUCAAGAGAUAUAGAAACUUUAUUGCAUAAGACAGCUGAAUUACCAGGGGACUUGAGAAGCCGUCUUAUGUGCGCCCCAAUGCAAUUUACACCAAAAUAUAUUUAUGUAGAGGAAGAAUGGAAAAUUUCUGGUAACCAAGAUGACAAAGUUAAUGAACUACUUAAUAAAUAUAGCAAAGAAAAUGAGAUAGAGCAUGCAAUUGACAAAGCUGGUGGUGGUGGUGGAGAUGAAGAAACAUAUGAAGAGGCAGCACCCUUACAUGGCGAUAGAUUGUUUCAUGCAUUUAUUUCACGGCUUCGUCAAAAUCCAGGACAAAUCUUAAGGUACUCCCGAGACGAACCGCCCAUACUAGGUGCUUCAAUAUCAAGUUCUGGGACUCCAGAUUGCCCUUCCGUCCCAACUAUCUGUGAUCGAUGCGGUUCCAGAUUAAUUUGCGAAUUGCAACUCGUACCCGAAUUCGCAGAGGCCCUUCGUUUGCCAAACAACACUGCUCUUGAUCAUUUACAUUUCCUUUCUGUCCUUAUAUUUACGUGCUCACUGAGUUGCUGGCAACCCAAUGAUGUCUACAUAAAGGAAACAGUAGUCUUCCAACCGGAAGUGAUGUGAAUAUUAAUGUUGAGCUUUCUUGUGUGCAAUAUCACCAAAUACAAUUGACAUUAAAUCCAAAACCGGUUUUCAUCUUGCGAUCUAUUUCAUUACUUUCGUUGUUUAUGCGUGUGUUAGUGUUAAAAUAUUAUAUUAUGAAAUUGUUCGAUUGUUCGUUGUAUAACAUUAGGUUAAGUUAAUACGAGAUCCUGCCUACCAUCAAUCUUUUCAGUUCACACACGAUUAUCUUGAUUAAAACAAUCAAAACUAAUAUCAUUGGACGUAUUUUUCAAAAAAAAACGUGGUUAGCGUCGUCGACUUUCGUUUUUUUUUUUUUACCUAAGCUGAUAGAUAGCCUUGAGAGGCUAUACGUAGCGUCAGCGUAACCCAUCCAUUUUUGUGUGAUUCAGAAACAAACAAACACUUUCAAAAUGUAAUUAUUUGUUGCGUAAGGAUGAUCCAUGAUUAUUUCAUCUUUUUUUUUCAUGGUCUCUACCUAUCUAUUCGCUGGUAGCCUAAGAGGCUAUUCCAGCUACGCCUGAAUUGGUAGGUGAGCUCUCGGGGCUCAAACCAGGAGUCGUUGCUAACACUGGCCCUAGCAAAAGCAGUGCUUCGCAGAAUCUACCACCGGAUCGGAAACGCGACCCACUGAGAAGAUCCGGCAAGAAACUCAGUGGGCUCUGUCAAUGGGUUAGUUUACUCGUCGAACCCUUCGUUGCAAGCCACGGGUUCGACGAGAAUGGUUCUCGGUGCUUGAGUUACCUAAAUCUUCUGCUAGGGCCAGUGUUAACAAGACUUCCGGUUUGAGCCCCGUGAGCUCACCUACAUGUUAGGAUGAAGCUGAAAUAGCCUCUUAAGGCUAUCUAUCAGCAUAGGUAGAAAAAACAAAAAAAGUUACCUAAAAACACCGUUAGUAUAUCGGGAGGAUCCGAAAUCGUCUUUUUCUUGGUUAGUUUACCUAUAGAUGAUAACAUACUAUUACAAACAUUUUAAAUAUAUUAAAUUGGACAAUAAAAAUCGUAACAUUGACAUCUUUUAUAAAAACGCUUUUUCAACUUUUUUUUUUCGUUUUUGUUGUCCACUGCGACAACGGUUUCUAAUAUGAUAAUAACCACAAUUUCCUGAUACUUUAUCUAAGAUUGAUAAACUUACCACACGUUAUACAUUAUUCGUAAAACAUCAUAAAUGUAUCUGUGGUUAAUGAUGUUAAUUUUUUUUUAUGUCUGAGAGAUUACUAUUGGCACGGAGGCCUUUCCAGUUUUACCAGGGCAGGUGGGCGAGCAAGGGCUCAGCCAGGAAGGGUGGGAUUUGCUAAAAGCUACCCGAGCGCCUCCAAAGGAGACCUAACAAUGCUUCGCGAAUGAAUCUACUACCAGAUCGGAAUCGCGAUCCGCUAAGAAGAUCCGGCGAGAAACUCAGCGGGCUGAUGUUUAGGUUAGGUUGCACGUCGAACUCUUUGUACGGUUACCGGGGUCCCUACUCUUAGUGUUAGAGCUAAAGGUGUCUAAUGCAAGGGUUUAACCGAUUCCAAUAAGGAAGAGUUUUUUUUAUUCAGACAGAUUUAAAAAAAAUUAGGUUGAAUAAAAGAUUUAGAUUGAAUUUUUUGUUUUGCACUACCAACUUCGUGUGUGCCUCCACUAAAUUCAAUAGUUUGUAAAUUAAUACAAGCUACUGCAAGUCUUGAUAGUCUGUAGUUUCGCGGAUGAUGAAAAUAACGGUCGAAUAGUAAGAAAAUUCAAUAAAUAAAAACAAAUUUCUUGCCAGUGGUUAUUUGGUCAGCUUCUUCUGGCAAUUUUUUUAUAUUAUUUUUUAUUUAUUGCUUUUGUAGGCAGACAAGCAUACGGCCCACCUGAUGGUGAGUAGUUACCGUCGCUCAUGGACUUCAGCAAAUACCAGGGGCAGAGCCAAGCCGCUGCCUACCGAUAAUCUUCAACUAUUAAAAAUAAUAAUACCUAAAAAUGUUCAUUUAUUUAAAAAACUUCAAGCAUACACAGAAUACAUAUGAGAAAGUGUUUUGAAAAAAUUAUAUGUAUUAUCGGUUUUUGUAGGUAUAUAUUCCAAUAAAAAAAUUCGUUAAGUAACGUUUUACAUUAUAGAUAAUAAAUUUUCAUAUUUUAGUCCUAGAUUAAUCUGUGAUCAACUCUAAAGUCCAUUUACAUUAUCUCUAACAUAAAAUUAAAAUAGUUCAAACUAAGUAGUUUUACUGUUGUUAAAUGACACCUGAAUAUUGAAAAGUCGCUUAAUUUGACUUUUUAUAGUUGAACUAGUUUUAUGUACCAUUAUUUAAUAUUAAAUUUAUUAUAAAUACAUAUGAAGUGUAGGUUAUUAUCUAUGAUUUUUACGGACGUAAGGCAGUAACGCAAAAGACGUUCGAAUAUUCUGGGCCAAUGAAUAAUAAUCCACCAGAAAGCAAGUUUAUUAACACUUCUUGAGUAAUUUUUUUGUCCUUUUAGCACUUGUUUUAAUUAUUAGGGUGAACAUGCAAAUGAGCUCUCAGUCAGACUGGUGUUAAGUUCUCGGAGCUCACUGUAUCGUGCCUUGUGCUCCUGACCUCUGCACAAGAUUUCCGGUGUGCUUGUAUUUACGACAUUCACAACACCGGAGAUAAUUCUAGCCUUGAAUCAAAAAGUUUUUUUCUUUCCAAGUAUGGUGUCUAAAAAUCAGACUUGAACUUUUUACUGAAAAGUACCCACCAAAUUUUCUGUAUUUACAUAAAUUAAGGGUUCAACAAAUAAAUAAAAUGUUUCCAAUGUAGCAUAAGAAUUGCCCUGAAAUCCGAUAAAGGUACAAAAAUUAGCAAAAUAUAGAAGUAAUGAUAUUUAAAGGAUGAUUGAUAAAUAUUUGUACGAUAUUUGGAUAGUCAAUUAAAAAAAACGUUAUGAAACUCACGGGACAAAAGUUGAAACUAGUGGAAUAAAUCAACAACAUAGAUCAAUGCAAAAUUCAUUAAUAUUUUUCAAAUAAAAUUUAACCAUUCUAAUUUUUUUAUAUAAUAUUCCAUUAUUGUUAAAUUUUGUGUAUGUACUGUUCUCAAUGUACUCAAAAUAAAUUAUCUUGUUAUUUUUAUUUUUGCUUUUUUAAUUGUUAUAGUUUUCAUAGAACGUUUAUUUAAAAACCCAAUUUAGUAUAUAAAUAAUUGCGUGUUUAUUUGUGAUAUAUGCGCUCGGACUUGUGUCUGAUUAACAUGAAACUUUAUAUUUUGGUCGCUUCACUGAAAGUUUUCUCUUAGUAAAUUAAUUAAUAACCUGGCCUUUUAUCCAAAAAAAUGUGCAAAGGUUUCUUUUUUAGUACAUACCUACUAUAAAAAUGUCAUUAUGUAUAAUAAAAACAAAAUAAUAUUGCAGUUUUAACGAAUGAAACAAAAAGGCAUUAUUAUUAAUUUAUUUACCAUUAGAUGACGAUGGAACUGAUGUAAUAAAAGGGUUGUUUUGCAAUCUUACUAUACUCAUUCCACAGCGUACCUCUUUUCAAAUUCAUAAAAAAUUGUAGACGAGCAUAUUUAAAAUGUAAAUUUACAAUCCAAAUAUUCAAUACUAUAUUGGUAGAAAUGGGAUAAAUAACUUGGGACUUGAGUAUGUCAAUGAGUUAAUUUAUAAACUAUCACUUUGGCCGGGUGUUUCUCUUUUCGUUUAUUUCUAUCCUGCUGAAACUAUUCUAGCCGCUUCUAAUACUAUUUAUUACCAAGGCAACACCAUUUGACUGUAUUCUGAAAUAUCAGAGUACCAAAAAAGUAGAAAGUCGAGGCAUCUUACAUUUUCACAAAAUUAACUAUGCAUGUUAUCUCUGCAAUAAAUGGAAGAUAUUUACCUUGACCAGCAAAACUAGGGUUCUCGUCUAGUACCUACCUGAAUGUAAAUUUCAAUACACCCUGUAUAUGUCAGCUUAAAAUGUUGCAUACAUACUAUGUCUAGAUAUUAUAAUUAGAGAUUAUUUUCUAAAAUGUUAAAGUUUCUAAAAUGCGUCUCUCUGUUGAAGAUCCUAAAUAAGUAGAAUAUUUUUUAAAAUAAAAUAGUUCAAGCUAGUACGAUGAUUUUUUUCGUUUAGAAAUCAAAUUAAUUUUAUCUUUUUGUGAAAUAUAUGAAAAUAAAAAAAUACAGAUCAAAA